GUUGGAAUAAAUGGCAUAGUUAUGUAACAAUUCUUAUCGUUGAAGAAUUACGACCAAGUGGUGAGACCGACAUUAGGUGACUAUAUAGCUAUUUCUGAUGAAAUAAUCACAAUCAAUUAAAAAAAUUAUGUUUACUUAAACGAUAGAAAUAAUUACUCGGUAUUGGACAUUAAUCGUGGUGUGGGAAUUAUUUCUUCUAGGUCGCUUACUGUUUAACACGGCGGCUAGAUUUUCUGUCUCAGUGUUAGGUUGUCCGGUUUGUUUCAUCAAUACUAUCAUCUCGUCGCCAAAAGUAACUAGCAGCAUGUACGUGAAAUACUAUGGGUAAAAAAACCAAUAAGCAGAAACUCAGUUUUCCAAAGGUUCAGGGAUGGGUACCAUACAAAGCGUUUUCUGCAAAAAAAAAUGAAGAGGUUUCGGAGCCAAAAUAUUCUGAAGUUCCAAAGGAUUGGAAGGAGCCGAAGUUUACUCCUGAGGAUAAUCCUCAUGGGAGAUUGUUUGCUUCAUCAUCAUACACAACGCUCUUCCCAAAAUAUCGUGAGAAGUACUUGAGCGAAAUUUGGCCCGCCUUAAGAAGAAUAAUGAUGGAACAUCAUAUUCGAGUGGAGAUAGAUGUGGCUGAAAGUACUAUGGAAGUUCGAACAACUCCAAGGACUUUUGAUCCUUUUAUCAUACUAAAAGCCAGGGAUGUUAUACGCCUAUUAGCCCGCUCCGUCCCUAUGGAGCAAGCUAUUCGUGUUCUGGAUGACGAGACAUUCGCAGAUAUUAUUGAAAUUAACUUGACUAAUCGUGAACGAUUUGUUAAACGACGUAAUCGGCUUAUUGGUCAUGAUGGUGAAACGUUGAAAGCCCUGGAGCUGUCUACUAACUGUUAUAUAGUUGUGCAAGGAAAAACUGUUUCUGUGGUUGGUCGAUAUAACGAUUUAAAGGAGGUACGUAGAAUUGUUCAAGGUUGCAUCUAUGACAAUAUACAUCCAGCUUAUUCUAUUAAAAGAUUACUUAUCAUAAAAAAACUUUCUAUGGAUCCUACAAAACAAAAUAUAUCGUGGGAUCGAUUUUUGCCUAAAAUGAAAAAGAAAGUACUUAGUCGACGUAGAAAACCUCACAAAGUACGUAAGAAAAAAGAAUAUAAUCCAUUUCCACCACCACCAGUUCAAUCAAAAAUUGAUAUUGAACUAGAAAAAGGUACAUACUUCUUAGCUGAAGCUGAACGUAAACGAUUGAAAGUGGAAUCAAAUAUUGUUAAAUCAAAUCAAAUAUCAAAAAUACGACAAAAAGCUAAACGCUCCGCUGCACUUAUUCCACCUGAUGAAUGUCACAACAAAAACAAUAAUAAUGAUAAUAAUACCAGUCAUAAUAAACCGAAAAAGAUUAAAUUUGAGGAAUAAAGAUUGGCUUAUUGUAUAUUUCUUAAAAUUGUAAAUAAUAUAUAUCUAGCAAGAUGAUAAUUCUUUUUUAUGAUUUGUAUUACAGGUUAAGAUUUACUUACUUACGCCGGCUACUCCUCGUGAAGGAGCAUAGGCAGCCCAUCAGAAUUAUUAGGCAAUCCUUUCUAGUUGUUAUUCAUCCUUUUCGUAACUGCUUGUAUUUCCCGUCGCAAUGUGUUCUUUGGCCUUCCUUUUCCCUCCAGGAUUCUAAGUUAGGAUUUGCCUCGUAAUGCAGUUUGAUGAUUUCCUCAAUGUGUGUCCUAUCCACUUCCAAUGUCUUUUCCUAAUUUCCUCUUCAGAUGGAAGCUGAUUUGUCCUCUCCCACAGUAGGCUGUUGCUGAUGGUAUCCGGCCAAUGGAUGUUGAGUAUCUUGUGUAGACAAAUAUUUAUAAAUACAUGUACCUUUUUGAUGAUGGUUGUCGUAAUUCUCCACGUUUCACCUCCAUACAGUAGAACUAACUGUCUUGACAUUCGUAUUGAAGAUUGCGACUUUGAUAUUGGUUGGCAGUUGUUUUAAGUUCCACGUGUUCUUCAAUUGUAAGGAUGUGGCCCUUGCUUUGCCAAUCCUUGCCUUUACGUCUGCAUCUGAACCUCUUUGUCCACCGAUGAUACUUCCCAGACAGGUUAAGACUAAAAGAACAUUUUUUAUGGGCGUUUAUUUUCUUAAAUAAUGAAGGAACCACCUACCUACCACUUCAUUUUUUGUUCGUAUUUUCAUUAGAAAGCAAACUUUUCUGUGAAAUGAAACUUAUGAAUCAAAUUUAUAAACUUUCCAUUCUAUUUUAACACGGAAUGGAUGUCAAAAGAAAACAUUUCUAACGGCUAAAGUGUAAUGUUGUAGUGAAUAAAUAAUUUGUGGAGUAGAUAAUUGACGAAGUCGAACACAAUCUCAGAAUGGAUUGCAUGUGAUGAAUGCAUACUAUUUAUUUAUUUUAACACAUAUAUUGGUACAAGGAGGCACCAAAUAAAUAUGCGCCACAUAAAUCUCAUUUCAUAUGGAUGAGGGCUGUGAUACUGCCCGAGUGCCCAAACAGAAGCAGGCGGUUUUCUAAGUAGGCCACACCCGAAACCUUCGACCUGAAGGUCUGAUCCACAAGGCAGUGGAGCAACGUAAGGAUAUGCAGUAACAUAGUAGCCGGCGACCAACAAUUAGUUCAUACGCCAUUUGUUCCUUCAGGAUACUGGAGCCAGCCCAUGUGCACCAUUGGUUUGGAAUGAGGGUUUUCCAACUCCCCUAGGUGGACUCUGUGUCCACCGACCCGGUUAAAGCACCGGACAUUUGGUUUUCGUCUUAAUUUCGUAGAAAACACCCCCGCCACGAGAAGUUAGUGAGUAGGACUUCCCUGGCGGAGGAUAUAUACGCGUGUCCAUGUCCAUUUAUUUGAACACAUAAAUAUUGGUACAAAGGGUCACCGAAUACAUAUACGCCACACAAGUCACUUGAUUUGUGUGUUAGCCGUGAUACUGCCCGGGUUCCCAGACCAAAGCAGGUGGAGAAACGCAGAUAUAACGAAUUACAAUAUUAGUCAAUGCCUUUCUUUUACCAGUGAUGUUUUAAGACUGAUAUCAUCUCAUUUAUAAGUGCUAAGAGGAUUUAUAUCAGAUGAAAAUAUGCAAUAUAUCAUUUAAAAGUUUCCCAGAGUAAAACUAAUUACUGAACCAAAGCAAGUCCGGUCGAUAAACACAUAUUUCAUUGCUGAGUAACUAAAGUACACUCUCUA